UUUGGCCUUGAGCACGCUGCCAACACCCAUACCGAUAAGCCAUUUGAUCUUGAACUGGCCCUUGCCCUCCUCUCGUCAGUGGCGAAUUCUGAAAGCACCGAGCUCCAGCAAAUGCUUAUCAAAUAUCUCCAGCUCGUUGACAAUGAAGACUCUGCACACGUUCUAAGUGUCGUGACCUCCACUCCAUCAGCCAACACAGAUGGCUCCACCAACAAAACAAGGACCGGAAGGGGAACCUACUGGGCCGAAAACAAUGCCGUUUACAACAUGGUCUCUUCUCUGUACACGCGUCAAAAAGAUUUGAGGGUGUACGGCUACCGCAAAAGUUUCAUUUGGGGCAAAAGUUCGGAGUCGAAAAGGCAUAUGCUCAGAUAG